AUGGAGCGCACACCCUCGCCGCCCCGUCGCAUCCACACCCCGCCGGCGCCCCUGCACGGCGACACCUACGAGCCAUUUUCACCGCGCCGAUCGAGCAGAGUGGCCGCCCAACGCGACAUUCACUCUCACCAACAGGAGCGGUCCACCCCACGGACCAGGCGCGACAUCACACCAACGGCCUCGUCGUCUAAGCGGUCUGCUGCUCGCGCAAACGCUUCCUUCGCCCUGUCGCCGCCAUCCUCGCCUGUAACCUCACAACAACCGCGCUCCCCACGCUCGAUCCGUCGCGCGCCCUUGGACCUCAAUCCGCUCGACUCUGACUCCGACAACGCCGCACCAACUUCUUCUCGGCGUACUCUGUUCGCAAACAUGGCUCCGGGAAUGCUUCCUACUCCAGCCAAGACACCCCGCAAGCGUCGCGUUGAAGACGUCAGCUCCACCGCCCGCGUCUUGUUCCCUACCAAUCGCCCAUCCACCAUCGAAGAAGCCAUGCCGACGCCGCGCAAAGGCCGCAAGACAAAGAACCUCUACACCCUAGAGAGCUUUGCUGAGCAGAUGGACGAGACCACCGAGAAGAUUCCUAUCUUCACCGACUCCAAGGAACGUGUACCUACUCCCGGCGCUCAGACCGAAGAGAACCCGUUCAUCACCGUCAAGGGCAAGGGAAAGGCAAAAGCUACUCCUCAAAAGUCAAGGAAGCUGGUCGACCGAAAGACAGCUAAAAUGGAGGCUGCUGCCGACCGCGACGAAGGCAUGGUGUACAUCUUCCGAGGUCGCAAGGUCUUCCGCAAGUUCCACGACGAUGCACCCUCCGGCGCCUCAGAUGCAGAGCAAGACGAUGAACUCUCCGCCGAUGACGAGCAAGUGCGCCGCCAAAUCGGUGUUGAGGCACGCCGCCCACUUACUCGUUCGUCUAUCAAGCCGAAACUUCUAUUCCAGGCCGAGAUCAAAGCACGCAACCGCGCGCAGGGAAUCGAGACUGACGACGAGGAGGCCACCACCGAAGUCGACGAGGCAGUCGCAACCCCGAGCCGUAGGAAGGGAAAGAGCGUCGUGCCAACUCCAUCGUUGGCCACGACGCCGCCGCCUACGACUCGGAAGCUCAAGAAGGAGAUCUCAUUUGACUCUUGGUCGCGCGUCAAGUCAGCCCACAGCUCAAGCAGCUCAGUCAAGACAUCCAAAAAGCGCAGUGGUGAGCCGCUCGAGCGCGAGGCGGCAGACAAGCGAGCUCGCAGUGAGCACUCCACCUCCUCCAUGUCCUUUGGCAGCAUCUAA